GGUACAUCAUGACGUACAUUCGACUCCAGCUUUCGUGUGUGUGUUUACUGUUUUGCACAUUUUUAGAAAAGCAAAUAAAAAUGCACAAGUAAAAACAUAGCUACGUUAGAUUCUAAAUAAAUAUUAAUUGACUAACAAAAUGGUAUCAAGCGAAGAGGAGGCAGAGGUUAAAACCGGCGACGCAGUGGAAUGGGAUGUAGAUAUGGAAAUUCAGUUAUUUUAUGCGAUGGCGAAUCACAAACCGGUCGGGAUAAACAAACAUUUUCAAAUGGCUUGUAUAUGGGAGAAACUCUCCAAUUCAAUCACAAAAGAGAUUUCGACUCAAGAUAUUUGGAAGCAUUUAGAAAGUCUGUACGAUCUUUCGAUGUUAGAUGACACGGAAAGGAUUCCUUUUCCGAACCAAGAAGUACCAUUCAGUUUACCUGAAAGUGAGUUUGGGACUUUGAUUAAACAAAAAUGCAAGGAUACUGUUUUGGGCGACGAUAGUGAAGAUGGCCGUACCCCAUCACCCAAACCAUCCACUCCUAGAAGCACUGCAUCUAAAGAUAACACUCCUAAAGCUGGCGUUCGCAAGGACAGUGUCAGUGCGUUGGCAACUAAAACACGCAAGGAAAGCGGUAGCUCACAUGCGUCUACAGACACACCUAGCAUCAAGUCAGAGAAAGAUUAUGACCGAAGGCGUGAUUCACGCGACUCAAACGCAUCUGGAACGCGGGACAGUUCCACCAGCAAGAAGUCAACCUCACAGAAAGAUAACAAAACUCCCAAGACCAAAGCCUGGGACUCCCCCCUCAUAGACGAAGAUGGCGGUUCCCGACGCGGACGCCGACGUGCAAAUACGUCUACGCCGCCUGCCACGACGCCGGCGAAACGACGACGAACUUGACACACGCACGCGCACACAUACCACCACUUCUUCUGACACUCGCGCCCUUGGUGGGGGUACAGAACCCACCAUAGGGACAGAAGAAGUGGCGCUCUUGAUGUGUUUUUUUCUUAAAUCUAUAGAUAAUCUUUGCGUUCUUUCUACCUUGUGAUCGUAGUUUGCUAGGAGUCAAGAAUUUACAACAUUUGUUUUAUUUAUUGUUUUUCUUUUUGUCAUUACGGUUCUUCAAGGUGUACUUUACCUAUCCUAUAUGUAAAAGUAAUUCUAGCUCACAUAUUUUUUGGAUGUGAGUCAAGCAGUAUGUUAUGUGUGUUAGAGAACAUACCAUUAUAUUAUUAUAUUAUAGACUAUAUGUUUGGUAUACAUCCUGUAUUAAUAAAGUACUACAAUUUAAAUAAUACGUAUACCAUACCAUAAAAACAUCGAUAAAUGUAUAUUACUACCUAUAUAAAUCGUAAUAAUGCAAAUGUUAUGAUACUACUAGUGUUUAUUACGGUCACUUAACUGUAUUAUGAUAAUAAAAAUAAUUGGUAAAGUCAAUCGCACGUCGGUUCUAAAAGUUUCGUGUAUUGAAAUUAAGAAGAAAUGCUGUUGACUGUACUACUGGCCUAUGCACGAUAUUUAUUUUUUAUAUUGAUAAAUGAAGUGGAGUGUAUAGGAUAGAAUCUGCUCAUGAAUAAACAUCUGCAACUUGUGUGAUAGUAUAUUUUUAAGAAUACCAA